GGUAAUAUAUUUGACGUGUCGGAUAAUGGCGCUUCUGUCAAAUUUCAAAUGUUUGAAAUAAAUCCCGCAAAUUCUCCUUUCUUACUCCGCCAGCUGACUCCCAGUGAGGGAAGCGUUUCUAUGGACGGACUACUUGAAUGCAGUGGUUAUGCUCAUGCCCGGAUACGUAGACGGUGACUUCAUACUCAUUUUUCAGUGCACGUCCAGUAGCCGUCGCUUCUCUAUUUGAAUGGAUUUAUCGUAAAGAAAAGAAACAAGCUGCCAUCUACGUGUUCGCGCUGAUUUACACAGACAUGUAAGGAAACGUGAAGAUUAUCGAUUCUUUCCGACGGACUGUUGCGUUAAGACGCUGCUGUGUGUGUGUGAGAGAGAGAGUUAAAGGGGGAUGAUGGGGAGGUAAGGUAAUUGGCCAAAUGCAGUGGUGCAUAGCCUAUUAUACCCUUUUCUAACGUUUCUGAUCAAAUUGUGGCAGCAAUGGUGGAAGCAUGUGCUCCUUCCUCUUAGAGGAAUAAUACUGAAAUUGAUGAAUGUGGAGUCGCUCUAAAUCAUCAGAGUACAAUGAACACCACUCUUACACCCUCGGACCUGGUGGAUGUGCCAAGACUGCAGACCUUCAAUGGCACCCUGGGUAACCAGACCCCCUCGGGCUGGGCCGUGAUCCACACUGCUACCUUGACUUUUUGUUCCCUCCUCCUCAUCUUUAUCUUCUUCCUGGGCUCUUAUGGGAAUCUUGUUGUGUUCCUGUCUUUUUUCGACCCGGCGUUUCGCAAGUUCCGCACCAACUUUGAUUUCAUGAUCCUCAACCUGUCCUUCUGUGACUUGUUCAUUUGUUGCGUGACCGCUCCCAUGUUUGCGCUGGUGCUCUUCCUGGAUGCAGGCGGAGGGGAUGGCGUGUCAAAGAGUUUCUGCUUCGCCUUCCACUUGACCAGUUCGGGCUUCAUCAUCAUGUCCCUGGAGACGGUGGCUGUCAUUGCUUUGCACAGACUUCGCAUGGUUUUGGGACAGCAGCCCAACCGCACUGCUUCCUUCCCCUGCACGCUGGCCCUGACUGCCUUGCUGUGGACAUCCAGCUUCACAUUAGCUGCUCUCCUCACCAUGCGCGCAUACCCACGCAAAGAUGGACCCUGCUUGCCCCACUUUGGCCUGGGAAGUGGGCAGGCCAGGGUUGUGUUGUACGUCUACCUGGCAGUUUUUGCCUUUUGUGUUGCUGUGGUGUCUGUGUCGUAUCUGAUGAUUGCUCAGACCCUGAGGAAGAACGCACAAGUAAGGAAAUGCCCAAUCAUCACUGUAGAUGCCACCUGCCCUCCACCCCCACCACCUCUCAUUGCAGCAGGCUUUGAAAGCAUGCAGUGUGCCGUUCAAGGCCCCUCUCUGUACCGUAACCAGACUUACAACAAACUGCAGAAUGUACAAACGCACGCCUAUGCCAACAGGACAAACCAGCCGGUGGUUCCAGGGGCCGCCCAAGGAGCCACCUGCUGUCAGCUGGUCUCCACAGUCAACUUAGCCACAGCCAAAGACUCCAAGGCAGUUGUCACCUGUGUAGUUAUAGUAUUCUCUGUGUUACUCUGUUGUCUGCCGAUGGGAGUUUCACUGGCACAGGAUGUUUUGUCACCAGAAAGCAGCUUUGCACAUUACCAGUUCGAACUGUGUGGCUUUGUGCUCAUUUUUCUCAAAUCAGGCAUCAAUCCAUUUGUGUACUCGCGCAACAGUGCAGGCCUCCGCCGCCGCGUACUGUGCUGCAUUCAGUGGGCCGCACUUGGAUUUCUGUGCUGCAAGCAAAAGACACGCCUGCAUGCAAUGGGGAAGGGGAGCCUGGAAGUCAAUCGCAAUAAAUCCUCCCAUCACGAGACCAACUCAGCCUACGUCCUGUCACCUAAGCCACAGAAGAGGCUGGUAGACCAGGCUUGUGGACCCAGUCAUUCCCGGGAUUGCGCUGGCAGUCCCAGGGCGACCGGUACACGCAAACCUCGCCUCCCGAGCACCUCUACACCCAUCAACACCCGGAUUGAGCCCUACUACAGUAUAUACAACAGCAGUCCCUCAGCAGGGCCCAGCUCCCCCACCAGCCUACAGCCUAUCAGCUCUCAGACAUUUGCCUUUGCCAAGUCCUAUGUAGCCAUGCACUACCACACUCACCAAGAUGCUCUGCAGGACUUUGAAAGCACCUCAGUGCACCAGAUUCCCGUGCCCUCGGUAUAGUCAAAGAACAGAAAGCUUUGGACAAUCUCUCCAUGAUGUUAAAUCCAAUGUGAAUCAAAGGAGGAACGUGUAAACAGGCCAUUUUUAUGUCUUUGGGCUCAGUAUUAACAUUUUGUUCUCUCCUACAGUAGAAAGAUGUUGCGAUUUUGUGACUGGAGAAAUGACAAGAACCAGAAUUACAGUAUAAACUUUGCCUUUGAAACUGAAAUGAGAAACAGAUUUAGAAUAAAAGUUUAUGUUCCAGCAAGUUAUUUAUUGAUAUUGAAUUGAUUUAUUGAGGUUUUCACUGAACCCAAAGUCACCAGUUGCUAGUUUCGAUCCCAGUUCCUCUCUGGCUGGAGAUAGGAGUGAAACCAGCUUCUUCAGCAUCAGGCCACUAUGAAACCCCAUACGGCUGUCAGUGGUACGUGGUUGCACCUGGAUAGACUCUCUUCUCAAGAGAAAAAAAAGAGUCUGAGCCUCAUACACUUCUUUUUUCUUAAAAACCCACAAUAAAUAACUGGCAAGUACAAAUGUAAUGUCUGUGAGAUCUACACCUGUUACUGUGCUGUUACUACACAUACACAUAGCAUCAGCGCCCUCUGGCGGCCGAAUAAAUAAAACACUAAAUUCUACACUUAACUUACUUGAUCAGGGGUGUCAAACCUCAGGCCCAGGGCCUGGAAUCAGCCUGCUAAAGACUCCAAUCCAGCCCCACUGGACAGAUUUGAAAAAAUGUAGAGAAAGGCACAAGUUUUGGGGCUUUUAGCUGUUUUUUCACAAGUUUAACAGCUUCAUUUUUACUGAUUUAAAAACCUCCCAUAUAACCACUCAAGCUACACCAAACAAAUUCGGUUAUUAAAAAAUAAAUGACAGAAAACUUCCUGUGCUUUUCAUUAUCUACUAUAAAAAUGUGUUAUACACAGGAUACAUUGUGUAUCCAUUGGUCAGAUGGAUGCAUUUCUUCUGUAGUUGAACACAUUUAUGCACAAGCCAUUCAAUUACUACAGUAAAAUUUCUUUAUCAAGUAGAAAAAACUGACACUUUCUGUUGAAGUUGCACUUUAUUUUUAUAUUUAGAUACCUUGAGGAUUAAAUGUGGUCUUGAAAUGGUCCAACCCACUUAAAAUCAAAGCGGGGAGUUUGAGUUAGAUAUCCCUGAACUACAUAUUUCCCUAAUGUCUUGAAUCUACUCUUUUCUGUGGUAAUGGAAAACUAAAAUAAGGUUUCAUGUUUUGAUUUUUUUAAUUCUUUGCUGUAAAUGCAUUGGUUUUUAUUCCAGAGAUACAGCAGUAGUCGGAUCCCAGUGUGCAUCUUCAUAAAACCACAAAACGAACCUUUUAAAUGAACCUGCACACACUCUGUACAUCCUACAACCUUACACUCACUUUUAUUGUUAUUCCACAGCAAUCUCUAAUGCAUAAGUUACACUCACACAGCACACAGUCUCCCUGCUGUGAAGCAUUUUCAGAUGUUUUUCAUAUCUACAAGUAAAAAAGUGCCACAGUCAAGCAGCUAAUCAAUCCAUAUCUCUCUCUCUCUCACUCUCACACACACACACA